GACUCUGUAUAUAUAUAUAUAUAUAUACUCAUAGAGCAAAGCUAAUUUCUCUCAAGAAACAAAGCAAAAGAAAGAAAGAAAAGGAGAGAACAAAGGGAAAAACAUAUUCUCCUCUCUUUAGAUUAUCAGCUUCCUUUCAUGAAUCUAAACUAAGAACACAAUUGGUACUCUAAUCAAGCUCUGAAGAAGUAACUACUCAAAAUCCUCUGUUUUCUUCUUUGGUUAUCUCAAUGGAUUCGUUUAGUACUCAGAAAACAAAAUCAAGAAAGAUGAAGAAGAGGCUUGCGCAAAAGUCUCGAGUUGAGAUAAUCUUGGAUCUGUUUUUCUGGGCGAUCGAGAUAGUUGUGGUUUUGGUUACAGUAGCUAAGCUCUCUUAUGAGCUCGUUGUCACGUUUGAGGAUUCUAGUGUCGCAUCGGUUAUUCUCGCAAACCGUAGCCUUGCGUUUGUUGUAGGAAACGGGAUAGUCAUCGCUCUGAUCGCUAAAUCCGGUCUUCUCUUGAAUCAAGAACUUGAUCCCAAGUGCAAAAGCAACGAUCUUUACGAGGAGUUUGUUCUGGAGAGCUCAAGGAGAGGUGGAGUUUCACAAGCUGAGAUGAGAAGCAGAGAAACACAGAGUGAAGCAGAGAACGAUGCUAAACAGAGCAUAACCGAGAACAAAGCAAAAGAGAACGAGGAGAAACAGAGCAUAUCCGAGAGCAGAGUAAAACAAAGCGUAACAGAGAAGAAGACGAAACAGAUCAUUUCUGAGAAGAAAGUGAAACAGAGCAAACCUGAGAGGUUGACAAAACAGAGCGUAGUUGAGCAUAAGGACGUAACUGUGAAGAUGGAGAAACAGAAUUUGACAGAGAAGAGGCAAAUUCAGAGUUACCAACGAAGCCAGUCGGAGAAUCUGAAGGUUUUGGAGAAGAGUUCUUGUAGAAGAUUGAAGAGAUCAGAGACGGAUGCAUCUGCUGAAAGAGUUGAUUCCGAUGAUGAACUCCGAUACAAGAUCGAGUCUUUCAUUGCAAGGCAGAGAAGGAAUCAAACUGAUGAAUAGGUUUGAAUAAUUUAGAUAAAAUACAAAAAAUAAGCAAAAAAAAAUUAAAAAGACAGUAGUUUAUGCAAAUAGCAUUCACGUAUAUAUUAUAGUGUUUGUUAUAGAAGGGUAAAACUUGUUUUAAAGCCCUCGAAAUUUGGCAUAAAUAUUUGUUUAGCUUUUUUUUUUUAUUUUUUUAUUUCUUUGUAUAAUUUUUGAUAAUUCUGAUUUCUAGAAUAUAGUAAUAUGUUUUAUAACACUUAUUGUAUUGGGAUAUUCAUUAUACAA